UCCACUCACCUGCUUAUAUUUCAUAACAUUUAUUGGAGUGAAAUGUUUGCGUGUACACAGAGCGCCUCUAUGCUGUCAGUCUUAUGUUUCGCUUUUACGUGUGAGUGAAUGAGAGCUGCGCUGCUCAAACAGUAAAUACGAGCUAUGGCCUCUCUCAGUGAUCAGCUGGAGGAGGUGAGGCUGAAUGCAGAGGGCACUUUAUGUUCUCCAGGGACUGCUCAGGAGAUCAGGAUAGGGGUGUCCGCCAUGGUCAACAUUCCCUUACCUCCCACCAGCAAAUAUCGCCACAUAGCCGCUGAAAGCAUGUUGAAAGAAAACAGUAGUGGAAACAAUAGGAAAGAGACGAGGGCAUCCCUGCAGAAACUUUCCACAGCUUUGAACAUCUUGGAGAAGUAUGGCUCCAAUCUUACCAACUCCAAUAGGCCAAAGUACUGGCGUACUGUGAAGUACAACAACCCUGUCUUCAGGACCACAGUAGAUUCUAUUCAGGGUGGCAGGGCUGUACUUAACCUGUAUGGAUAUACGAAUCACCAGCCUGACGGUUUGAGCUUUCCUGAAGAUGUUGUUGAGCCCGAUGUUGGGAAGGUGGCAUCAGUGACUCUUGAGGUCAUGUGCCUUCGCAUGGAGAUAGACAUGCUUACUAAGGAUGCCCAUUCUCACCCCGAAUUCUUUGAAAGACUUAUUCCCUCCCUCACUCUGGAGGAGGAAGAGGAAAUUGGCACGGAUGCAGUUGCUUUCUCUCCUAAUGAGACUCCAUUGGAAAAGCAAAGUCUCUCGCCUGCAUCUACACCAUCUCAAUCCAAAUCUCUUUUCAGUCCGGCCCUCUCUCUUUCGUCUUUAGGGCCCUCUAAACCGACAGACAACUGCAGCAUAUGUGGCAUAUCUCCAGUCUCAGCUCACUGUCCAACCUGUACUCAGCGCCUGUGCAAAGAAUGUGACCACCUAUAUCAUUCCCAUUCUGGACGAUCUACACAUGUGAGAAUUCCUGUAACUUCCUCUAAACCCACAAAACGGCUCAGCUCAUCGCUGUCUACAUGGCAGUGUUUAUAUUGCACUACAGUGAAUACAAUGCAGCAGGUUUUGUGUGAAACUUGUGAGCGACCACGGCUGUCUUCUGCUGCCCCGUCUGUCCAGGAGGAGCCAUCACAGCCGUCUACAAUAUCUGAGUGGCAAUGUAAAAGCUGCACAGUAGUGAAUGCAGGUAGCAGCAUUCUGUGUGAGGUGUGUGAGCGCCCUCGUCUGGCCACCCGGCCUCCUGUAGCGCCCUACCGACCAAUUCCCACUACUACAGAACUAAUGGACAGCCAGUGGGUUUGUCCGUUUUGUACCUACGUCAAUCAGUCACAAUCACCCGUCUGCGAAAUGUGUUAUCUUUCAAAGUCAGACCCUGCCCCAUCACCCUCGAAACCCCUCCCUGUCUCACCAGUAAAGAACAUCACAACUGUAUUAGCCACCCCCAAAGUCACGCCCACUGAGGAUCCUGAUUUGAAAAGACAACGAUUAAUGAAGGAAGAGGGGAUUAAACUUAUUCAGCUCAUUCGUGAGGGAGAGAAGAAAGGGGUGAGCCCAGAGGAGGUUUACACAAGCAUGUGCGUAUCAGGGAACAGUAAUGUAACACCGUAUGACUGGCUGAAGACAGAACUUUCUCAUGUGCUCGAUGAGAUCUGUGUGAUGGCUGCAUCCUGCCACCAGGAAUCCAAUGCACUGUUAAAAAGGUCAGGAGAGAACGAGAGCCAGGAAGGACAAAAAUGCAACAGCGUGCCUCUGUCUAGAGCAGAAGCCAAACGGGCCUGGCUGGCAGCAGGGGGCGACAAUGAGAAGGCUGUCAGACAAGCUCACAGAGACCGCAGAGUUAAAGUAAAAGAGCUUGGCUCCAUGGGCUUUAAUGACGUGACUCGCUGUGAGGAAGCCUUGCGGCAGAGCGGAGGGGAGGUGAGGGGGGCUCUCGUCCUGCUGCAGCGCUCUUUACUAGAUCCCUUCCAUCAGCGCAUGUGGAACGAUGAGCAAGAACCCCCUAUCGACAUCAACCAUCCUGACAAACAGCACGUUUGCCGCAGGUUGCUGGCUGUGUACGACCUGCCCAGUUGGGGACGCUGUGAGCUGGCUCUCUCUUUGCUGCGGGACCCUACAGCCUCCUACACCCUGGACGAUGUGGUUCAGGCCGUGCGCGAGUCACCUGAUAAAGAUUUUAUACGCCGCGUGCUGAACAAAGAAUGCCCCACCUGCCUGUCCAUCUUUCCUCAAAGCAAGAUGCAGUCCCUGACGUCGUGCCAGUGCUCGGUGUGCUGUGGAUGUUUCAAACAGCAUUUCACGAUAGCAGUGAGGGACAAGCACAUCAGAGACAUGGUGUGUCCCGUCUGCGCAGAGCCUGACAUCAACGACCCAGAGCACCUCAACAGCUACUUCUCUACCCUGGACAUUCAGCUUAGGGAUUGUCUGGAACGGGAUGUGUACGAGCUUUUCCACAAGAAGCUGACUGAGCAGGCUCUCAUCAAAGACCCGAAGUUCUUGUGGUGUAGCCAUUGCUCGUACGGUUUCAUCUAUGUCGGCGACCAGCUCAAGGUCACCUGUCACCAGUGCAGGAAUAGCUUCUGUGCCCAGUGCAAAAAGCCGUGGGAGGACCAGCACAAGGGGCUCUCAUGUGAGCAGUUUCAGCUGUGGAAGCGAGAGAACGACCCAGAGUACCAGAGGCAGGGCUUGGCCGGAUACCUCCGUGACAAUGGGAUCACUUGUCCUAACUGUAGGUUCCAGUACGCUCUGGCCAGGGGCGGCUGUAUACACUUCAGCUGUUCCCAGUGCAGGUAUCAGUUCUGCAGUGGAUGUAACAAUCCCUUUCACACAACGUGUGCAGUGAACCAGUGUAGUGUGACAGGUCUGCAUGCCCAUCACCCCAGAGACUGCCUCUUCUACCUCCGAGACUGGGAGCCUGCCAGGCUUCAGGCCUUACUGCAGAAAAACGGGGUGAAGUACAACACUGACACUGCUCCAGGAACACAGACUGGUGUUUGUGGAGUGAUCGAGCAGAAGGAUGAAGGGCCGCGGCCCACUGACUCGGCAUGUGGAGCUCAGACUCAGCCGGGCCAGGCAGGCCUCUGCGAGAAGCAUUAUCGGGAGUACCUGGUUAGCCUUAUUAAUGGGCAUUCUCUCGACCCCGCCCCCCUCUUCACUCACGAUGAGCUGCUCGUGGCCUGCAGGAGAUACCAUGUAGACAUCGCACAGGGGGAGGGAGAAGACGAUAGAGCACACUACACAAGACUGCUUAAGAAGCUAAUGGAUGACGUGCCACUCGGUGACAAGGUCCCUCGCAAGAAGUGAAGACAUCAUCUUCUCCCUCUUGUAACCUGUGCUGACUAUUUUUUCUGCGUGUGUGCCUGUAGCUUCAUUAUCUGAGCUACAGAAUGUCAAACACAGUGCUUCCCUCUCCUAAACGUGAUUUAGUUGCACAUUGCAUACAUUGUCGUAUUAUUUAAUCAUACGUUUAGUGAGGGGUUUUACUAAUCACAGUUGUAUGCCUUAUGUCCAGUGCAGGAGAUUCACUGGGGGGACUUUUAGUUAUGGACAUAUUUUAUAUAUUUUAAAGAGAGAUGGAGAGAAUGCCACUUAAGUUAUGUAUGAAAUGUCCAUACCCAUUCACUUCUUUUGCGGGGGCACAAGACCAAUGCAAGUGAAUGGGAUUCGCUCGGUGGUUCGGUAAUAAUGAGUAAAUUAGUAUAUUUCAUUUAUGGGUGAAAUAUCCCUAUAAUGGAUUAAAGGGAAUUUUGAAUUCAAAGUCCAACCCCAAACCCCCCCCCCCCUGAAAUUCACUCCCAUGUUUCCCCCCAUUUCCAGCCCUGCUUAUAUUCAGUCUUUAAUCAAAAAAAGUGUAAUUUUAGUUAAAUUGCCAUUAUUUUACAGCAUGUUGAUUUGAAAAACAGAGAAGAGUCUUGGACAGUUACAGUUCACUCUUUGUGAAUGCACACAAACAAGCUAUAUUAAGAUUUUAGCAGAUAGAAGAUUCAUCAAACGGCACCGUUUUAAAUGGGUUUUAAGAGCGAACAUUGAAAUUUUGCUUCAGGCAGUAGUUCUCAUUAUCCAAAUACAUUAACAGCUGAAACCUGAAGAUUGAUUGAUUCUUUGUUGAAUCAAAGAUACAAUCAAAAUAUAAUAAGAGCAUGGUAUUUUUAAUAUGAGUGUAUGUAUAUAUGGGAUUAAUAAACAAGUUAUAAAAUGA